UUUACUCGAUGUUUAUAAACAAAGCCUUUAUCAACAAUGUCAUCAAACUGCAGAAAUUGUAAAUCAGUCUAAGUACUUAACUGAAUGUUCAACCGAAAAGUUGAACAGGUAGAGAAUAAACGAGGUCGUGAAAGAGGACACUGAACAUUUUGUGGAUAUCUUAUUUCUGAAAAUCAUGUAAAGAAUAGUUUUCAGUGAUACACUAUGGUAUUAUUCAUACCUGUAAGAUGCCUUAUUACUGUUGUUCAAAUAUUGUUAACGGAUAUUUCAGCAGCUCGUCUUUCAUACCAAGACGAACAAGGAUGGCGGUUCAAGCCGAUCUAUUACAACCGAGAAGAAUUGCAGUUGAACUAUACCCGAUAUAAAUCACACAACACAUCCUUGAAUAUUUCAUUUCAUGCGCUUAACAGGGACUUCUUCCUGAACCUACAUGCGAUUCAGCCAUCCAGCAUAGAAUACACCGUAAAUGAGAAUCAUACGAAAUCCUCUUCAUAUAAAUCAUCAAUACUUGUUGGACAAGUCACAGGCCUUCGGGACAGUCUCGUUACAUGCACCGUCCAGAAUGGAAUUUUGCAGGGUAUUAUUUCAUCAAAAGGGCAGGAAACAUUUUACAUCCUUCCCACAUCUUGGGUUUUCAAAAGCCCAGCAAUCUUUUUGUCUGUAAUAUACUCAGAUCAUGAUUUUAAAAGAGAUUCUUCAUUACAUCAGUUCAUCAAAACCCCUCCUAAGUCAUUUAUAUCAUUACAGCACUGCCAUGAAGGUCGAAAACCUAACUUCUCACGAGGAAUGGGUAUGCCACGGGAAAGAAGGUCAAUCGCAGAAGAAACAAGUAGUAAAAAUACAGUAGGUAGUUUUCAGAAACGCGUCUGUACAAUCAAAUUUACCACUGACCCGUUCGUUUGGAGGCAUGUCAUGGACAAACAUGGACAGAAUAAGAUACGAGCGGUUAAUGAAAUCCAUUACAUGAUAAGAGACCACAUGAAAGUGCUGAACGACGUUUUUGAAGGAACAAAGUUUACUGUCAAUCAUGGGAAGGCUGAUGAGUUUACAAUUAAUGGCUUCCAGUUUGAAGUUGGUGAAAUUGUGAUUUGGAAUGAACGUCACUGUACAGAUGACAUAAAUUUGUGCACAGAUAAAUUGACACAUAUUGAGCUUCUGGAUUUGUUCCAUGUUAUACAAUAUGACCAUAACUUUAAUGAUUACGACUACGAGUAUCCAGAUUACAACUAUACCGACGGCGAUUACAACACAAAUACAGAUCACAAUUUCACUGAUUACAAAGACAGCGACUAUCCGGCGACGUCAAAUAUCCAAAAGCAACACUACUGCCUUUCAGUAUUAUUCACGGCUCGUUCGAUCACCCAUGGCCUUACGCCGGUGCCCAUUUAUGGGCUAGCAUACUCACCCAACGACGAAAAUCCACACACAGGAAUUUGUAGUCCCGUCAAUGUUGCCUUUGUUAAUCUGUAUGUCAGUGAAAAGGUCCCUUACCAACCCAAUACAAUGACAAAACUGGUGUUUGCUCACGAAGUCGCCCACACAUUUGGUGCUCCGCAUGAUAAUAAUAAAACCGCAUGCGGCGAAUAUUCGGUUCUAAAGGAGUCAGAUGCAGGCUACUUUCUCAUGCACGAAGUUGCGGUGACAGGAGACCUGAGAAACAAUUUCAAGUUUUCCAAUUGUAGUUUUGAUAAAAUCGAAACUGUUCUGGCUAGAGAAACUUCAACAUCGUGUUUCAAAGAACACAAAAUAUCAAUAUGCGGAAACGGAAUUGUUGAGGAAGGGGAGCAGUGUGAUUGUGGUUCCAGAUGCCACCUUGACAACUGUUGUCAUGGCAGGGGAACUAAACACGAAUGUGCUCUUAAACAAGAUGCACAGUGCAGUCCAAGCCAAGGACCUUGCUGUAGUAGAGAUACCUGUCAGUACUUUAGGGAAUCUGAAAACAUGGUUUGCGAGAAUGCUGCCUCGUGUGUUGACACUCUGUACUGCGAUGGUGAGAGUGCUACAUGUCCAAUGCCGUUUGACAACCAGAUAAGUCCAGAUAAUACAACAUGUAGAACAGACAACGCCAGAAUAGGGGUGUGCAAUCAAGGGAAUUGUAAUAGAUCUGUGUGCGAUUUGAUUGGAUGGCACGAAUGCGAGUUGGCAAAUGGUGCAACGAAACUGACUAUAAAGGAAAAGGAAGAACUAUGUUAUGUCGGAUGUCAGAAGACGAAGUCAUCGCAAUGUAUCAGCACAAAUGACGCCAGUGCACGUGCGCAGUUCCCCGAACUAGACCAUCUUUUGACAACGAUUGCUGAGCGGGAUGGAUGGGAGGACACCAGCAUCCGUGUACCCGUGGGUACACCGUGUAACCGUAUGACGGGAUACUGCGACGUGUUCCAACGUUGUAGAGGAGUGGACCCCGACACACCUCUCAGCAAGUUGAAAAGGUGUUUCAAGCAAGGUGGAGAUUGUAUCUCUGUGUUACUUGACUUUUUAUCGAGUAAAAGUGGUCUUAUUAUACUGGCCAUUGUUGCUGGUGUCAUAUUGACAUUUACUUGUUUGGUGAAAUGUUUGUCUAUUCACACCAAGAGCAGUAACCCACACUUAGAACUCAAACAUCCACACAAAUCUGUUCGAGAGUCGGCUAUAGGUGUAAGACAUUCUGUCGUCCGCAUGGGCGGCUCAGUCAGAUAUUCAGCAUCUCAUAUGAGGAAUUCAAUGAGAAACUCGUUUAGAAAUUCACGGAGACAAAGUCAGACACUUUCGAGAGAAAAUAACAGAAAUGUGAACGAUGAGGAUGUGCAGGAGUUAAAACAAUUAAGACCAGAGUAGGAACUUUUUGUAAAUCAAAGGCCGCAAAACACGUAAUUAUGUGUUUAUGUGUUCUUUUCCAAGAACAGAAAUUGUUAAAAAGAAAUCCAAGGCUCUCAUUUGUCAUGACCAGGAAUGUUGGCAAUGACACAAAUACUUAUGCGUUUUAGCUUCGUUACACUAAAUUUGUAUGUACUAAACUAUGACCUUUGUCAAAGUGGUAGUGUGACUUAACUUGCUUUCCAUUUUUUUGUUUAUCAAAUACAUAUAAUAUUAAAAUGAAAACUACAAAGAAAAUAACUGUAAUAAACACUAAGCCAAAACGAGAAACACAAAAUAUCAUCGCACAAAUACAUGGCAAAAUAAUAGGCAUGAGUAUGACAUUUUUAGAAAUUUCAAACAUUAUGCAUGUUUAACAUGAAUAAAACGUUUACAAACCAUAUACUCAUUUUUUAUAAACAAUGAUAUGUGUUACUUAUAGAAUAAAACAUGGUUGACCAUGGCUUUUUGAUGA